UUUACCUGCCAUCUAGCUUACACAACAUGGCUGCGCUCGAUCUGCUUGUCUCCUGAUACGAUUAUAAACGGUUUCGUUAUGUUUACAAAUUAAACGUGUGUAAAUAGUGUAAAUGUCGUGAAGUCAAUAAAAAUACAAUUUUAUUCGCUCGGAAUUUUUGUCGCUCCAAAUUUGUCAACUCUUCACUAUGGCCGAUAAAAGACAACAAAACUUGUCAAAAGAGGAGAUAGCAAAGCAGUUUAUGCUGCCAGAGAGGAAAAGCAAGAUUGCAACUUUGUUGAAACAGGAUGGCCAAGCAUAUUGUAUUUGUAGGAGCUCUGAUAGUUCCCGUUUUAUGAUAGGAUGUGACGCAUGCGAGGAAUGGUACCACGGCGACUGCAUAAACAUAACUGAAAAGGAUGCCAAGCAUAUUAAACAGUUCUUCUGCAUUCGCUGCAAAGAGGAAGAUCCAACCUUAAUAACGCGAUACAAGCCACGCAGGACAGAACAGGAGGAUAGGAAGCACAAAAAGUACAAAGAGAAGGAAAGAGAACAUCGUUACGAGUAUGACGCGCCUUGGGACCCGAGCGUGGAGAAGAAAUCGUCAAAACGUUGUGGCGAGUGUACAGGAUGUCAGCGUACGGAGAACUGCGGCAAGUGUGACGCCUGCAGGCAUCUGAAGAAGUUUGGGCCCUCAGUGCGGUUGAAGCUUCGAUGCAUUCAGAGAACCUGCCGUGUACUGGGGGAUCCGCUCAAACCCUCGAAGAGCCUCAACAAAGGCACGAAGUUCAUCAAGAAGCGAAAGAGGGAUUCGAGUAACGAGAGAAACGAAUACUUGGAGCCGCCGCGCCAUUGUUACGGGCCCGCGUGCACAAAGCAAUCGCGACCCGGCAGCAAGUAUUGCUCCGACGACUGUGGCUUGAAGCUGGCGACUAGCAGGAUUUACCAGGUGCUACCGCAACGGUUGCAAGAGUGGUCGCUAACCGCGUGCAUCGCGGAACAAAAUAAUCGUCGCGCUCUGGAAUCCGUGAGAAAGCAACAGCAUGAUGUUCGUAGAAUAUUGCAGGAACUGGACAAGCGACACGCCGAGUUGGACCGUAUCAUUGAGCGCGCCAAACUCGCGAGCAUUGAUCCGCAUGCCGAGGUGGACGACAACGACGAUACUGAGAUGAGCAUGUACUGCAUCACGUGCGGCCAUGAAAUUCACUCGAGAACUGCUAUCAAACACAUGGAGAAAUGUUUUAACAAGUACGAGUCGCAAGCGUCUUUUGGCUCGAUUUUUAAGACGCGCAUCGAGGGCCAAGUGAUGUUUUGCGACUUCUACAAUUCCGGGAACAGGACGUAUUGCAAACGGUUGCGUGUUCUCUGCCCGGAGCACUGCAAGGACCCGAAAAUCGGCGACAGCGAGGUGUGCGGUUGUCCGUUGGUCACAAAUGUGUUUGACGCCACAGGCGAGUUUUGCCGCGCGCCCAAGAAGAGCUGCGUGAGGCACUAUAUGUGGGAAAAGCUGCGACGAGCGGAGAUCGACAUGGAGAGGGUGAGGCAAUGGCUGAAGAUCGACGAGCUUGUGGAACAGGAGAGACAGAUUCGCUCGAACAUGGCCUCGCGAGCUGGCGUGCUGGCUCUCAUGCUGCAUUCCACGUACAAUCACGAGCUGAUGGAACAGAUGACGCAGGAGCAGAACAGAGAGCAACUGGAGGCCAUGGAGAAGGAGUUGCAGAGAAGAUACAUCUUACACCAGAAAGAGCAAAACUUGGAACAGUGAUUCUCGAAUGUUGAUUGCUCUUAAUGUUCCAUCAGUCGAUCGCAAUAUCAUCAUAUUUUUAGACUUUUCUCUUUUUAGCCGUGUGUCCUUAGUACUUUUGCUCUUUCUCCUCCGAAGGCUGCAUACAUAUAUUUAUUAUAGUUUUCACUAUGACGUGCCCCCAAUAGAGUAUAUCUAACGAUUGUCAGUGUAAUGAUAAACUGAAAAGUUGUAACAAAAUUGAAAUAUUGCAAAAGAUCGAUACAAUGGAUGUAAUAUAAUGUAAUAUAACGUGCAUGUACCUGUUAAUGCAAUUGCGUGCGGAAUUAAGAUAACAAAAUAUAUAUUAUACUUUCGAGCCACUUGUAUCUGUAAUCUCCGAGUAAACUUGCAUAUUAAGAUUAUAUAUUUUUUGAUUACACCUUGAUGCUUACAACUUCGAGAAAAACGUUCAUCUAUAAAAAGGAAAUGCAAUGUCUUAAUGUGAUAUCCAUUAUCUCUUUGUAUAAAUUACACUUACUCUUACGUGACACAGGGGGGACCACUAUGCUAGUUCUUACUGAGAAAAUAAAGUAGCUCCCUAAGUAAUGAUGCAACAGAUGGAGAUGUAGGUAUUCGUCUUUUCGGUAAUAUUUCGUUAUUAUUUACAUUUCAUGUAUGGAGAUGCGAAUGUCAGGAUUUCACACACUCCGACAAUUGAUCGUUUCAACAAAAACCAUUUAUUCACAGGUCAUAGCCUCUGCGGAUGCAAAAUAACACGCCAAACUAGCGAUCUAUCGUUUAGCUUCGGAAAAUAAUCGCGCGAAGCGCAUAAUAUGGACAUUGAUCUUCCCUCAGGAGAACCGCCUGUUUCGAAUCGUUUCCUUAAAUGUGCCGAUAACGCAACACUCACCGACUCCGUUUGUCUCGUCGACUCGUAAUCACUAAGAUUAUCGCUAAUUAUUAUAGAAAUAUGGUAAUUCUGGAAGUUUACGUAAAAUAUUCAAGAGGCAAGAUUGCCGUCUCUUAUUUAUAGAAUAAUCGAGAUAUUUCAAACAAUUUCAGAAAGACGCUAAUAAAUAACUAGCAACUCUCUAUUUUACUCACAAUACAUACGUAACAAAAACACAGUAAUAAACAUAUACUAUAUUACAUGUAUAUACAUAUAUAUAUAUAUUAUAUAUAUAUAUUAUAUAUAUAUAUAUAUAUAUAUAUAUAUAUAUAUGUGUGUAUAUAUAUACUCUAUAUUACAUAUAAUAUAUGUUUAUUACGCAUACAUAUUUGCGUCUUAAACAUUAGGAACGAAUCUGUCAAUGCAAUGGCAGUACGAAGCUAAUGCGACAUGCAUACAAAUUAUUCGAUUAUGCGACACAAAGUACGAUUAAUUAUGACCGACGUAAUGUAUUUAUGAAUAAGAUUACGAUAUUUGUCUAAAGAUAUCGUUAUGACGGUGCUGUUAUGCGUAACAGAAUCAUGCGAGUGAUCACGCUUCAGUGGAAAGAGAAGAAAAGACAAAUAGAAACUAGAUAGGCCGCGAGAGAUGGAUCUCCUCGAAUAAUGCAUCGCAGAAUUCGACGAUUUCGUCAAAAUUGAAUGAUGCGAUUUUUUUUAUAUCGAUGUGACUCGCUUUAAGAGUCCGAUUGAAAACAGACGACCCGCCUGGAAAAAUGUGUGCCUGUCUCUCAACACGCGCACAUGUACGUACACGUGCAUGCGCUUUAAGGAAAAAGGAUGAAAUAGAGCGACUCAUUUUUAUCACAGUAUUGCACGCAAAGCAUGUACGAAAUCGCAAGUAAGAUAGCAUAAAGGCCAAACGGCGACGACACUACACGCUUUCGUUUCAGAAAUACAUUAGGGGAGGUUGAGUUUUCUUCUGUUUCGUUGGAAGUAGCGAAAUGUUUAUCUACUCCCUCUCUUCUGCCCUCCCCGUCUUUUUCACUCUCUCACACACUCUCUCUCUCUCUCUCUCCCUCCCUCUUUCUCUCUAUCAUUCUCACUCAUACACCUUGGCAUAUUCUUUUUACAUUCCAUGGCAAUGACUCCGAAUGACCCUUUAUAACAUCCAUGGUCCAUGAUAGCUUCGCACGUAUAUCUCUGAUAUUAUCGUUAGUAACAAAAUAAUAAGCGAUGGCCAUUGUGUAUAUAUGAUUGUAAGUGUAUGUGUGUAUAUGUGAAUACGUGGCUUGUGUAAUGUGUGUGUAUGUGUGAAUACAUCACCUGAGAAUAAAUCGUGAUAUAUCUCGGCUUCCCUUA